AUGUUGAGUAGAAUCAGUAAGAGAUAUAUAUCUAUAUCAGUAAACAACCCAGUUUCGAUUCCAUUUGUUCCAUUAGUGAGUGAAACAGGGUUUCCUGGUGCAAUUGGGAAUACUCCGUUGUUGAAAUUACCCAGAAUUUCCCAAUCAUUAGGUCGUAAUAUCUACGCCAAGGCGGAAUUCAUGAACCCUGGUGGGUCAAUUAAAGACAGAGCUGCGUUAUAUGUUAUACAAGAUGCCGAAAAGAAGGGAUUGAUUAGACCAGGAGGUACAGUUGUCGAAGGUACUGCCGGAAAUACUGGGAUUGGAUUGGCACAUGUUUGCCGUGCCCGAGGAUAUAAAUGUGUGAUAUAUAUGCCAAACACUCAAUCCAAGAACAAGAUUGAGACUUUGAGAUUAUUGGGAGCAGAAGUAUAUCCUGUUCCAGCAGUUGCUUUCACUGAUGCACAAAAUUAUAAUCAUCAAGCAAAGAGACAUGCGGAAUCUUUGGAUAAUGCUGUAUGGACUAAUCAAUUCGAUAAUGUAGCUAAUAGACAAGCCCAUAUUGAAACCACUGGACCAGAAAUUUGGGCUCAAUUAGAUGGAAAAGUUGAUGCUUUCACUUGUUCUACUGGUACUGGUGGGACCUUUGCUGGUGUUACUAGAUAUUUAAAGACCAUGUCUAACGGGAAAGUCAAGGCUGUUUUAGCUGAUCCACCAGGAUCAGUAUUGUAUUCAUAUAUCAAAUCAGGAGGUAAAGAAAUGAUUAGAGGUGGUUCUUCCUUUACUGAAGGUAUUGGACAAGGUAGAGUUACUGAUAAUUUGCAACCAGAUUUGGAAUUGAUUGAUGAUGCACUCAAGAUCCCAGAUGAAGAUUCCAUUACUAUGGUUUAUAGAUUAUUAGAUGAAGAAGGAUUAUAUCUUGGUGGUACUGGUGCAUUGAAUGUUGUUGCUGCUUGUGAAGUUGCCAAAACAUUACCUGAAAAUAGUAACGUUGUUACUGUGUUGGCCGAUUCUGCGCAUAAAUAUGCCGAUAGAAUCUUUUCUAAAGCAUGGUUACAAUCUAAAGGUUUAUACGAAGCAAUUCCAGACCAUUUAAAGAAGUACGCUGUAUUAGAUUAG